AUGUGUUUGUAUGCAGUGUCGACCGGUUGCGUCUUUUGGAAACGUUCGUGAUUAAAUUUUGUUCAAGCCAUAAGCGCUGCGCAUAUCAUUAAACAUUUUAAACUAGAUAAGUAAUGAAAAGUGAACAAUAAUAACGUAAUUAUUCUUUUUAGUAUAUUUCUAUCAAUUUCGAGUUUAAGUAAAAUAUAAAAUGUUAAACAAGAAGCUGCAAAUCGUGUCCAGGCAUGUCAUCAAGCAGAGAUUGGGCCACAAGGCGUGGCGCUGCCAGUCAACAAUACCCGCCGCCAGUCAGAGUUACAUGCAUCACAUUGGCAAGGAGCCGUUGGCUUACCGGAAUGUAGGACAGCAGCUGGAAUUGGCUGCCUCUCAGUUUGGCAGCACCGAGGCGAUAGUUUCGUGUCACGAGGCGAAACGAUACACGUUCCGCAGCCUGCUGGCCGAGGUGGAUCGCGUGGCGGCAGGUUUGCUCAAGCUGGGACUGCAAAGGGGCGAUGCCGUCGGCAUCUGGGCGCCCAACUACAUUCAAUGGUAUCUGAGCAUGAUGGGCGCGGCACGAGCUGGCCUCACAUCCGUCGGGAUUAAUCCCGCGUUCCAAGGACCCGAAAUGGAGUACUGCCUGAAGAAGGUGGACAUCAAGGCGAUACUUGCAACGGAGUCGUUCAAGACACAAAACUACUACGAGAUUGUACGCGACAUUUGCCCCGAAAUGGCCGACUCGGAAGCUGGCAAAAUCAGAAGCGAUAAGUUUCCCCAUCUGCGUGCCGUCAUCAUCGACAGCAAGCAGAGUCUGAAGGGUGCCUUGCGCUUUGACGAGCUGCUCGACUUGAGCAAUGCCAGUGAGCAGGAGGAGAUCACCAAAUUGCAGCGCGAAAUCCAACCGGAGAGUCCGUGCAAUGUGCAGUUCACGUCGGGCACGACAGGCAAUCCCAAGGCAGCCGUGCUCUCCCAUUACAAUUUCGUCAACAAUGGCAUCCAUGUGGGCAGCAGAAAUGAGCUGGAUGGCGAGCGGAUUUGUGUCCAGGUGCCGUUGUUUCAUGCCUUUGGCGUUGGCAUUACCAUCAUGGCAGCCAUGUCUAAGGGAGCAACACUGGUUCUGCCAUCAGCUGGGUUCAGUCCGAAGGAUUCGCUGCAGGCGAUUGUCGAAGAGAAAUGCACUGUGAUCCAUGGCACACCCACAAUGUAUGUGGAUCUGGUUGUUGCCCAGCGUAAGGAACAGUUGCCGCUGGGAAAGAUCAAGAAGGCGAUCACAGGCGGGGCGCCAGUCUCGCCUCAGCUCAUCCUGGACGUCAAACAGGUCCUGGGCGUUGAGGCGAUGCACAGCGUCUAUGGACUGACCGAGUCAACGGCUGUGAUCUUCCAAUCGUUGCCUGGGGAGGAAGACGAUCGGGUGCUCCAUUCUGUGGGUCAUCUGACCGAUCACAUCGAGGCGAAGAUCAUCGAUGAAAAGGGCUGCGUGGUGCCUUUGGGACAGCCAGGUGAGCUCUGUGUACGUGGCUAUCUGACCAUGUUGGGCUAUCACGGCGACGAGGAGAAGACCAGAGAGAUAAUCAGUGCCGACAACUGGAUGCGCACGGGUGAUCAGUUCGUUAUGGAAGCGGAUGGCUAUGGUCGCAUCGUUGGUCGCCUCAAGGAGAUGGUCAUACGAGGCGGCGAGAAUAUAUUCCCCAAAGAGGUCGAAGACUUUAUCAACACGCAUCCUCAGGUGGUUGAGACGCAUGUCAUUGGUGUGCCCGACGAGCGUCUGGGCGAGGAGCUAUGCGCCUUUGUGCGCCUCCACCACGAUGUUGAUCCCAAGACGUUUACCAAGGAAUCGCUGCGUGAAUACGCCAAGGGCAAGAUCGCCCACUUUAAGGUGCCGCGGUAUGUGGUGCCCGUCGAUGCAUUCCCCAAGACCACCUCCGGCAAGAUACAGAAAUUCAAGCUUCUCAAGAAGUUCGAGGACAGCUUCCACACGCAGAAGAGCAAGUCGCAAUCGCAAGCAGUCCGAGCUUAAGCAUUACUUCUCGUCCUGGUUUCCUGUUGUCCUGUUGUACAGAUGUCAAAUUACUCCAAAAUAGAGUCAUAAACUAAUUUUGUAACUAAAUCACGAAAAUAUAUGUAAGUUUAUGUUGUAAA